AUGUACUGGAAGGUGGUUUAUGCUUUAGCCACUGAUGAAGUGGAGCGAAUUGGAGUUGACUACGUCGCUCGGAUCUCUAUGGCCGGUUCAGACCAGCCUUCAUCCAUAACUGCCGAACAUCUCCUUGGAAACUAUCAAGCAACACAGAUGCUAUACACUCGACUGCAUCUUAUUCGUGCAUACGUCUCCGCCGUAUCAGACGGCGAAUUGCCUAUCAAUCGAGCUCGUUUGAGGGAGAUAAGUGCCUUGAUCAAGCGCCUCCCGUUGUUGUCUUCCCGUUCAGCCAAUUUGACGACUGAUGCUUUUGGAGGAAUCACAGAGAUGAGCGACCAUCUGUACCGCCAGGCGAACGAUGUCUGUUUGACAAGUCUUCUGAGCAGCAUCACCCAAGGGAUACACUCCCUCUAUAGUUGUGUGUGCAAAACGGCGCAAAUAAUCGAUCGACGCCCUAUGCCCAUUGUGCCCAGUGUCGGCGUGCUGGGCAUGAAUCCUCCCAAUAGCCUUUCGAAGAUGCCCCAAUUCAUGGGUAAUACAAUGGCGUCCAUGUUUUGGCUACACCACAUCAACCGAUCAACUGGAUAA